UCUUUCACUCGUUCCCCGUCUCUGCCAUGGCGGUCAGUGACAAGAUGUAUGGGGUUUCCUUCUCCACUUGUCUCCUGCUCCUCCUCUCCUGUGCACAGGCCGGGAAGAUCCUGGUGGUACCGGUAGAAGGAAGCCAUUGGAUUAACAUCAAGAUACUUAUGAUGGAGCUGGUUCAGAGAGGACACGAACUGACCGUCCUAAGACCUUCAAUCAGUCUCUACAUCGAGGAGACCUCCGAGGACUUCAAGCUGCUGACUGUGCCCAUGUCCAUACAGCAGACAAUGAGCAGAAAAGAGUUUGAAGACUACGCCUUGAACUGGGUCUUCCAACAAGCCUUCACCAAAUAUGGGUCGUCCUUUGGCGUGGCAUGGGAGUUCAUCAAGACCCUACAGGCAGGAACACAGAUGGGCACUGUGGCCAUUACUGCUUUAUUUGAGAAUCAGGAGAUUCUGGAAGGUCUGAAGAGCAGUGGUUUCGAUGUGAUACUUGCCGACCCCUAUACUGUGGCGGGGGUGAUGUUGGCACAUUACUUGAAGCUUCCCAUUGUAUUUUUUGGAAGGUGGAUGCCUACGGAAGACAUGCAUUUUGCUAUUGCUCCAUCUCCGCUCUCUUAUGUGCCAGUUAUAAACUCCAGAGUAACAGAUAGAAUGGUUUUCUCUGAGAGGGUCCAAAAUGUCCUGUUAUAUGUCCUAUACCAGGCGGCCAGCCAAAUUCUGAUAUACCCAGCCUACAACAAACUCAUUCAACACUAUCUCAACACGGACAUUAGUGUGUGGGAGAUGUACAAGAAGGCCGACAUAUACCUGAUGAAAGUCGACUUUGUAUUUGAAUUCCCACGGCCUACCAUGCCCAACGCUGUGUAUAUUGGGGGCUUCCAAUGCAAAGCCCCCAAGCCUCUCACCCAAGAUAUUCAAGACUUCAUGGACACUUCUGAACAUGGUGUUGUAGUCUUCUCCUUGGGCACCAUCGUCAAGAGUCUGCCGACUAACAUAGCCAGAGAGAUUGCGGCAGGUUUGGCUCAGCUGAAGGAGCACGUUAUCUGGCGGUAUUCUGGAGAACCUCUGGACACCUUGGGAAAUAACACAAAGACUGUGGACUGGCUUCCACAAAAUGAUCUUCUCAGUCACCCUAAGACCAAGGCCUUCCUAGCACACGGUGGGGAGAAUGGCAUCUAUGAGGCUAUUUGUCAUGGUGUUCCCAUAGUAGGAUUCCCGCUUUUCGGUGACCAGUAUGAAAACAUUCUUCGCCUGAAAACCAAAGGAGCAGCUGUCCUCCUGGAGAACCCCCAAGAUGUCACUGCUCAGGAUAUAUACAAUGCUGUGCGUCUGGUUAUCGAUGACCCUUCAUACAAGAGGGCCAUGACACAUCUCUCUGACCUGCACCAUGAUGCCCCUGUCCCUCCAAGGGACUUGGCUGUGUUUUGGACAGAGUUUGUCAUCCGCCAUGGAGGGGCAGGACAUCUGCGGGCAGCCGGCCACGACCUGCCCUGGUACCAGUAUUAUCUCCUGGAUGUCUCUGCUCUUCUUCUUACAGGACUUCUCCUGUGUCUUUAUGUCAUAUACAGAUUCCUCUGCGCUGUGCUACGAAUCUGCUGGGGGCAGAAGCAGAGUAGGAAGCAGAAGAGAUCAUAG